UUACCCAUUUCAGGGGUUGACUUGUUUGGUACUUUGUUUAUAGAGUUUUGAUCAGAGGCGAAAAUGGCGUCUACGGCGAAGUUUCAAUGCUGUGUGCCGAAGUAUAACCCUCAUAUCAACCUCGUCAGAACAGCUCCUCAAAAUCUUUCGUUUCCUCGUUUAUACAGCAGAGACCAAGCAAAGUCAACACCGGUCGUCGUCGCCAUCAGAGCUUCAUCAUCUCCGUCGAAUCCCAAACGAUCACUUCUCAAAACCACCUUCAUCACCCUCACCGCAGCAGCAGCUCUGUUCUCAGCGUCCUCUUUCCUCAUCUCCAAACCAGCCCUGACGACGACUCCGGUUACUACCGUGUUAGAGACGACGCUCGAGAAACACCUCGAGACGCAUUCGAACGAUGUGGAAUCUUUAGUAUCGCUAGCUAAAAUAAAGUUCGAGUCCGAUAAAUGUGACCAGGCGAUAGAGACGAUGAACCGUCUCAUUGAAAUCGAACCUCAAGAACAAAAAUGGCCGGGUAUGAAAGCUCGGAUUCUUUCCUUCUUCUGCAAAAACAAAUUAGCAAUCGAAGCAUUCGAAGAGAUUCUUUCGACGGAUCCGAUUCGUGUAGAUGCAUUACAUUACUUGGUGAUGGAGUACUACGACUCUAAGCCGAAACUAUUAGAAGCAGAGAAGAGGAUCAAAUACGCGAUUCGAAGAUGCAAGGAUAUGAAGAAGAAGAAGACGAAAGAGAUUCGCGGUUUGAGGAUGUUGAUCGCGCAGAUUAGGGUUCUCGAAGGUAACACGGUCGAAGCAAUCCGGAUAUGCGAAGAGUUAGUGAAGGAGGAUCCGGAGGAUUACAAGGUAUAUCUGUUUCAAGGAUUGGUGUAUACAUUGUUAAAGAAGGGAGACGAAGCUAAGAAGCAGUUCGAGCAAGUUGCUAGGAUUCUUCCGGAGAAUCAUUCGUACCUAGACACUCCCAUGGAUAAAAAGGAAUGGGGAGCCAUGGAAACUUACGAUAAUGUCUUCUGCUAUUUAGCUACCUCCUUUUCUAGGCUUUUUGUCACUUCCUUCUUUUUUGGCAAAUUUGUGUAAUUAAAAAAAGUAACUAGUAUAACACUUUUGUGAUAUGUGUGUUGUGAUCUGACUGAGCACUUUAUUUUGUUGAAAGAUUGGUGAUGUAAACAGUUCAUGUGAGUAUUUGAGAAGCCGAGGCUUCAUUUGCUUGUUUAAGGUUUUAAAUAUACUGCGCU